UGUAGCCUACUGUAUUUUGAUCUUUAGUUGCUGUAUAACUCAUUACAUAGAUAUUUGGAAUACAUUUAUUUUGAUUGGUUAAGUGUUUCUGAAUAUUGACUGUUGUCCAUGGCAACACUGUAUAACUGGACCACUCCUCCUGUGCUCCUGUUUUGUUUCCCCAUGGUUUCUAAGAUAAGCACUAUAGGGUCACCAUGUCAGGGUUUAUUUUGUUGUAAUGUAUUUACUUAAUAUGACUUAUUUUUAUUCCUUUUAAAGUAAUCUCAGAGCCCCCUUGGGAUUUUACUGAGGUCCUCUAGGGGGCCACGGUCCCCUGAUUGAGAACCACUACAUUCAAUCAUCAAAAAGAGAGCUUUACGAAUGACAAAACGAUUUAAGCGAUGUAAGCAUAUGCCUGUUUAUUUCAGUCCUUGAAAGUUUUUUGAACCUUCUCAAAAACUGUGAGGUUGUUUGUAAGCAUUGUGAACGGGAUACAGUGAUUGUGUGCGCUUUCAUGCACAUCAUUUCCAAAACAUCUAGCCACAAGAGAGAUUAUAAUGAUGUUAUGCGUUUCCCAUAAAUAAACACCUUAUAAUUGCAAUAUCAGUUUUGCAUAUUUUAAUGAAGGAACGGUGAAAUAGGCUCUUGAUUGACACGUGGAAAUCUGAUCCGGCGGAGGACAUUGGCAGCCAAUGGGAAGCGGGGCGCCGGCUGUUUCUGAAGGGAGGCCCCUGGAGCAGCAGGCAGCGAGUGUGUGUUUACUUGAGCGCGGAGGAGAGACACGAGAGCGCUUUUCUCAUACAGUCCGGCGACACAUCCAUGAAUGCAUGCGGUGCAUUUACAGGGAGCUGUUUCAAGAUCUCAGUCAACUUCAGGAGACCUGGCUCGCGGAAGCUCAAGUUCCUGACAAUGAUGAGCAGUUUGUGCCAGACUUUCAGAGUGAAAACUUGGCGUUCCACGGGCUGCAGUUGAGGAUAAAGAGAGAGCCCCACAGUCCGUGUACUGAUCUGGGCUCAGCCUGCAGUCAGGAGAGGCCCUUCAGACUCCACUAUGGGGAGAAGUGCCUGUAUAACAUCAGUGCCUACGAGCAGAAGCAUCCCUCGGGAAUGAAGGCCUCCAGCCCAGUGUCUACCCCCUGCAGCACGCCCGUGUCCCCUGGCCAGCAUGUGUCUCCCACUGCCGCCCCCACCCCGAAACCAGACAGGACGUACCCUCACCUCGCACCCCCACAGCCCCUCCCUGACAGCGCUUACCCCAUGGACCACAGUGUUUUGUUCAGAUUUCGGCGGCAGUUGUCGGAGCCGUGUCAUUCGUUCCCAUCUCCUUCGAUGUCGCGGGACGGACGACCCAUGUAUCACAGACAGAUGUCGGAACCCAGCAUCCCCUUCCCUCCUCAGGGGUUCAAGCAGGAGUACGCCGACCCCCUCUUCGAGCAUCCUGCCAUGGUGGGGGCGCCUCUUCCCCAGACGUACCCACACUCCAUGAUGAUCAAACAAGAGCCCCGCGACUUCACCUACGACUCAGAAGUGCCUAGCUGUCACUCUGUAUAUCUUAGACAAGAGGGAUAUCUGGCGCACAGUAACAGAACAGAGGGCUGUAUGUUCGACAAAGUUGCAAGGCACUUCUAUGACGACACUUGCGUGGUGCCGGAGAAGGUGGAGGGCGACAUAAAGCAGGAGGCGGGGCUGUACCGAGAAGGCCCGACCUAUCAGAGACGGGGUUCGCUGCAGCUCUGGCAGUUUUUGGUCGCCCUACUGGAUGACCCCUCAAACUCACACUUCAUUGCGUGGACGGGCCGGGGCAUGGAGUUUAAACUCAUUGAGCCUGAGGAGGUGGCACGACGCUGGGGAAUUCAAAAGAAUCGACCCGCAAUGAACUACGACAAACUGAGCAGAUCGUUGCGCUACUAUUAUGAAAAAGGCAUCAUGCAAAAGGUGGCAGGUGAAAGAUACGUGUAUAAGUUUGUCUGCGACCCCGAGGCUUUGUUCUCCAUGGCUUUCCCUGACAAUCAGCGUCCGGUGCUGAAGACUGACCUGGAGCGGCAGAUCAACGAGGAAGACACCGUGCCAUUGUCACACUUCGAUGAGAACAUGGCGUACAUUCAAGAGGGCGGCUACUGCAACCCACACCCGUACAAUGAGGGCUACGUCUACUGAAAACUGCUACGAGAACAGUCCGGCCGUUUAAAAAACAAAAACUUUCAGACUGUCCCUCAUUUCCUUCAGUCAUUCCCCAGGACAAAAGAGAGCACUUUAUGGACAGAGGAUGAUGGCAGUGUGUAAACCUACAAACUUACUGGUGUAGUUACGUUAGAUGCUCCUUUGGUGUUUUUUGUUGCUAUUGAAGGGGAUGGGGUGUUUCAGCAUGCCGUUUUCUCACAGCAAAAGACUCUCGAGGGCAGAUGGCCUCUCUCCGGACAGAUGUUUUGAACUAUUUAGACAGGUUAGAGUCUGGAGCACGUGAGUGGGAAAAUCCCAAACUCUUUUACCAUUGAAACUCUUGGAUUGUUUGUGGAGCGCUUUGUUAUUUUCGCACAUUUUCACCACAUUUGUUUUCUCUCCCUUGGUGUUAAACUGAGUAAAUAAUACAGUGUAUUACUAUGAAAAUAAAAUCCUUCAAACUCUCCAUGUCAAAGUAAAAUGAGCACAUAUCUGAAAUGACCCUUUCUCGCCCAUCCAGGACCCAUAAAAUGAUUGAAUAUUAGCAACAAAUGACAGAUAUUAUACUAAUAUUCAAGUUAAAUCCGUAUAUAUAUAUUCUCAUAUGAAUAUAAUGUCUUAGAGGAGGGAAGAUGCAGGUAAUUUUCUCAAUGAACAAAAUUGAUUUUUAUCUUAAUUAAAGACAAAAAAAAAAAAAAAAAUCCCAUGUCAGCAUGAUUUCGUAAUACUUCAUGGUGUUUCAAAUACUAUUUUCUUUUCUUCUCAAGAUCUAUUUAAAUAACCAUCUGUAAAUUUCAGUAUUUGACACCAUAUUUCACUGAAUAUGACUUUUUGGUCAAAAGCGCCUAUAGAUAUCGAAUAGUUAUCUUCAGACAGGUCUUGUGCAAGAUGCAAGCUUCACACGUGUCUAUGACGUCAUUCUAUUAAAGUUACAUUUCUACUAUUAGAGUGACAAAUAGUUUUUUUUAUUAGGAAAAACAUUGGAUGUUGGUCCAUUACUCGCUCCACCAUGACAUCUUUGAAAAUAUUAAACGUGUAUAUUCAGGUUAAUGCACCUCAAUGCUGCUUUUCGUGUAAAUUUAGUCACGUAUGAUCAGAUGGCAGCUAUGCCCUGCAGUACGUUCAUUUUUUUUUUUUCCUUCAUUCUUUUUUACAUUUGAAAAAAAAAAAAAGUCAGUGUUUAUUGAAUGUAAAAAAAUAUAUACAUAAUUGCGAAGGGAAUGGCAAUAGCUACACUUCUGUAAUAAAAUAGUGUUGAAAUACA